AUGUGUGUUUGUCCUCUGAGAUUCUUCGGAGAUCGUUGUCAAGAAGAAAACUUGCGUGUAGAAAUUAUUCUAGGGAAGAAAUUGAUUCGUGAUGCUACACUGGUAUUCGCUCAUUUCAUUACAAUUCAUCAAGAUAAACAACCAACGAGCAUAUCAGUUUUACCGAUAAUUCCAUUUGAUCAAACGAAUGUUGUGUUUCAUACAUCGAUUGAAUUUCAUCUUCUCUUUGGACAAGUCUAUCAAAAUUAUUAUCUGAUCUAUCUUCGUCAAUCGAAAGAAGAACUGUUCAAUAAGAUAGUUAUAGAUUUAAUUCCUUCUUCUCGAUGUUUAUAUAUAAGAGAACUACUUCCGGAUGAAAUUGUAAAUUUUCAUCCUCUUCGAUGUGCAAAACAUUAUCAUACACCGUAUCGAGAGGAUUCGAAUUUGACAUGCUUUCACGAUUUGGAAACAUUCAUGUGUUUAGGCAACAACCAUCAUCGAGCAAAUUGUUUCAAUUUCCAUUUUAAUUCUAAAUAUGAUUGUCAAGGAAAUAACUCUUGUUUGAAUGAUGCUCAAUGUUUUCAAGAUUUACCUCAAUGGCCAACAAUGACUGUUUGCGUGUGUGCAGAGUGUUUUUAUGGAAAAUUGUGUCAAUUUUCGAUGGAAACGAUUCGCUUAUCUCUCGAUCCUAUAUUGACUUAUCAUAUCAGACCUCGAUUAUCAUUCUCUCGCCAAUCGACAGCUAUUAAAAUAACUGCCGGGCUCAUUCUUUUCAUGUACGUCUGUGGAGUAUUGAGUGGACUUCUCUUCAUGGUGACAUUUUGCACGAAAACAUCGCGAAAAUGUUCUAUCGGAGUUUAUCUUUUAUUUUUGUCAUUUAUUAAUUUGCUGCUUAUACACAUGUUAGCUUUGAAAUUUAUCUUUUUGUUAUUAAUUCAAAUGCAAAUUAUUCAUCAACAAUGGAUUCUACAAGGAAAUUGUUUGUUCGGAGAUUUUAUUCUUCGAACUUUAUUGAAUAUUGAUUAUUGGUUGAAUGCUUGUAUUGCUAUUGAACGAACGUUGAAUUUUGCAAUGGGAUUAAAAUUCAAUCAAAUCAAAAGUCAACGAAUUUGCAAAUGGAUUAUUGUCAUAAAUGUUAUUGUUAAUAUUCUCACUAGACUUACUAACCCUUUUCAUCGAAAUGUAAUUGAAGAUAAAGAUAACGAAAGAACUUGGUGUAUAAUUAAUUAUGAUUCUCAUCUAAAACUACAACAAUUUGAUUCAAUAUUGAUCGUUAUUAAUUACCUAUGUCCAUUUGUUAUUCACUUACUUUCAUCAAUAAUAAUUAUUCUUCUUGUUGCGCGUUCUCGAUCAACUGCAAACAGAGAAAAAUUUUCUAAACAAGUUCGUCGACAAAUCAAUCAACAUUAUCAUUUAAUUAUUUCUCCAUUCAUAUUAGUCAUACUUGCUUUACCACGUUUAAUCAUUCCUUUAAUUUAUCGAUACAUUAAAUCUACAAAUGAUCCUUGGCCGGCAUUGGCUGGCUACUUUGUUUCCUUUAUACCGCCGAUCUUAACAUUUUUCAUUUUUGUUUUACCAUCGCAAACGUAUAAACAAUAUUUAUGA